CCGGAAGCCGCGCGAUGGAGCCGGAGGCGGCGGCAGGCGCGGCGGCGCAGUUCGAUCCGCGGGAUCACCAGCACCUUCGCUACAACCCCUUGCGAGACGACUGGGUCCUGGUGUCUGCCCAUCGCAUGCGGCGCCCGUGGAAGGGGCAGGUGGAGAAGCCCCCGCAGGAGGGUGUUCCGCGCUGCGACCUGUCCAACCCCUUGUGCCCAGGAGCGAGGAGAGCGAAUGGCGAGGUGAAUCCCCACUACGAGGGCACCUUUGUCUUUGACAAUGACUUCCCCGCACUGCAGCCGGAUGCCCCGGAGCCGGAUGCUGGUGACAACCCCUUGUUUCGCACAGCGGCUGCUCGAGGUGUAUGCAAGGUGAUGUGCUUCCACCCCUGGUCCGACUGGACUCUGCCCCUCAUGUCCCUGGCUGAGCUUCGCGCUGUGAUUGACAGAUGGUCGGAGAUCUCUGUGGAGCUGGGCGCCUCCUACUCCUGGGUGCAGAUCUUUGAGAAUAAGGGAGCCAUGAUGGGCUGCUCCAACCCGCACCCGCACUGCCAGAUCUGGGCCAGCAACUUCCUGCCCAGCGAGGCGUCUCUGGAGGACCGGACUCAGCGGAAGCACCUGAGCGAGCGGGGCGUCCCCAUGCUGCUGGAGUACGCCCAGCUGGAGGCAGAGAGGAAGGAGCGGAUUGUGGUGGAGAACGCCGACUGGCUGGUGGUCGUCCCGCACUGGGCGGUGUGGCCCUUCCAGACCCUCCUGCUGCCUCGGCGGCACGUCUGCCGCCUCCAGGACCUUCGGGACGGCGAGCGAGACAGCCUGGCUUCCAUCCUGAAGAGGCUCCUCACGAAGUACGACAACCUCUUCCAGGUCCCCUUCCCCUACUCGAUGGGGUGGCACGGGGCUCCGACGGGGGCGUAUCUGGACGCCGACUGCAGCCACUGGCAGCUGCACGCCCACUACUACCCGCCCCUGCUGCGCUCGGCCACGGUCCGGAAAUUCAUGGUCGGCUACGAAAUGCUGGCUCAGGCCCAGCGGGACCUGACCCCGGAGCAGGCGGCCGAGCGCCUGAGGAACCUGCCUGAGGAGCACUACCAGCUGAAACCGAGCGAGAUCCCGUAGCGCAAUGCUCCAGGCGCUCUUCUGGGGUUUGCGCAGUCACUGUCCUUCGGCCAGCAGGGGUCGUUUCCGAGGAGGGCAGCGGGGCUUCUGAAAUGUGGGGCUGCCGCUCAGCGAACAUCACAAGGCCACGUGGCUUGGGCGGCCACGGCGGACUCCGGGCUUCCUGAGGUCUUGGGGGGCCAGUGCGCUGUGGUGGAAGUCGCAUCCUCUCUUGACUCAAGGCUUCUGCAAAACCCCUUUGAUUCCCAGCUUUGCGCACCGGGCUGAGCAACCUGCCGUGCGCCCAGAAACGGAAGCUGGGCGUCUCCGCCGAUCGGCCGGUGCUUCCUGCGCACACCCAGCCGCGGGGAGCUAGUGAUGUGCGGGCGAAACUAUCUGGAAGUCCCAGGAGAGCGAGGUGGCCACAUCUUUCUUCGUGUCCCCCGAAGCGAUCUGCGUGCUGAGCCCAAUGGAAGCUGGGAGCCGUGGCCGUGCCUUGCUGGGAGGCCGGAGCAGCUGGUGCCGCUGCCUUGAUUUCCCACCCUGAGUUCAGUCUGGCUGUUCUCUGCGAACAGGAAGGCUGUUCGGUGAUGCCUCUGCCAGCCUGCAUUCCCCCCCGCCCAAUGUGUCGCUGGGCACAUUCAAAUUAUGGCCCCCUGGCAAAAUAAUUCUGAUAGGGGGAGGUGUGGGGAAGCGGGGAAGGGCUUUGGUGAGGAAGGCACUCGGCUGCGCCACCCCUCUGCCGGUCGGCCUCGAGGAGAACGGAGGCCGCAGCGUCCCCUGGAAGAGAUGAUUUGGCUCUUGGUGCCCCAUUCUGCCCUAUUUUUUCCGACCAUAAUGUACUGAAACAAGAAUAAACAGAACUUUAUCCUGCUGGA